AAGGAGAUUGGCCGUUACGUGGGUGUUGAUUGUGAUUUUGUGUUUUAUUAAUUUCUUAUCUGUUUGUUAUACAUGUUAGAUUCACAUGCUCAUGCCACAUGGAAAAUGUGUUGUAAACAAGGCGCUGUCAUAGCAUGAAUAAACUUCUUACGCUUGUUCAAUACUCCCAGCGCGAUGGAACGCCCAGAAGAAAUACUGCUAACGGGGUGCCAAGAGGAAUUUCCGCAGGAGAUACUGAAGAAAUGCAGAGAAUUUCUCUCAACACACACGCUUGAUGGAGAUGAUCCUUUGGAGGUUUGGUAUCACUACAUAAAGUGGGCAGAAGAACAUUUUCCUGAAAGUGGGAGAACAGAAAACAUUCAGAAGUUGUUGCACAAUUGCCUCAAUAAGUUUAAUUCGUCUGAAGAAUAUUUUCAAGACGUGAGGUUCAUAAAGUUAUGGCUGAAAUAUGCUGAAAUGGCUGAGAAUCCCCUACAGAUUUAUAACCAACUUUCAAUGUGCGGUAUUGGUGCACAGUGUGCUCUGUUCUAUAAAAGUUGGGCAGAUGAGCUAUUUAGAAAUGGUGAAUUUAAAAAAGCAGAUAAAGUUUUUCGCGAAGGUCUAAAGAGAAAGGCACAGCCAUUUAACAAACUGCAGUCAGCAUAUGGAAAUUUUCACAUAGCUGUUGCACGUCGAAUGUUAGAUGAGACAAAAGUGCAUACGAGCUCUGGAGCUGACAAAUGGACUGGCUGCAAUGUUAUAUCAGAUUUAAGAAAACUUGAGUCAUUUGGCGAGCUUACUGCUGGUGAAACACAGUGGAUCACCUCAAAUGUCCUGAAACCAGUGGAGAACUUACCUUCCAGAUUUGCUACUAAGUGUCCAAAUGUCACUGAGAAAGCUGCUAAUGGAAAAUCUACAGAGAAGACUGGGACACUAACAGAAAGAGUGGAAAGAGAUACAAAGCAAGUGUCUAAAGUUCAGAGGGGUGGAAAAUACUCUCCAGUUCAUGGAACUAGAUUGGGAAACUCACAUAAUGACUACAAGUCAAAGGCUACAGAUGGCUUUCACUGUCGUCUUGCAGUUUUUGAAGUGCCAAACCCAUCCCAGAGACCAAGGUACCCAAAGGAAAAGGUGUAUGCUGACAACACGGAAUAUAGUUUGGAGGAACUACGUGCAGUAAACUACAUGAGAAAGGAAGGAAACACAGAGGGAGAAAAUCAUUCGCAUCCUGUAAUAGAAAUCUGCAACCAGAUCCACGCCUAUGAGACCCAGAGGUUACCCCUACAAUCAGUGCCAGAUAAGAAGUUAGAAGAGUUUCCAAGUUUGGGGCAUAGAAAACUUCAAACUGUUAGCAAAAAUGAAGAAAACUUCGCACCACGUAAUGCCAGUAAUGCCACAGGUGAUGGUAUAUGGCCUACAAAUUUCAAGUACAGAAAUGUUGAAAAAGUUGAACACCAGAAUUCAGCUGUAUCUCACCAGCAUUCAGUCAUCAACACUUCCACAAAAUCAGGGAUGAGCAACAUUCCACCAACUGAAAUCCUUACAGUGGUGCCGCGAAUAAGUUUCAAGGAAACUAGUUCUGGAAAUAGUUACUGUAAUCAGCACCAUGAGAAAGAACAUGCACUAUCAGCAGGUGAAAGUAAUAUCAUCUCCCAAUUUACAACCAACGAUUGUGAAUUUCCUAGAUCUAAUCCUUUGCUCAGUGAUGCAAAACCAGAUUUGACAGAUAUAAAAGAGACAGCUUCAUCUGCUUCUACAAAUAAUAUAACUUUGAGAGUAAGAAACAAUUUUAGGGCAGGUGAAAAGUACCAGGUGCAUCCUUCCAAUCAUACCAACAGUGAAGGGUCUGGAACUGCAGUACAGAUGUCCACUGUGCCACAUAAAGCAGAUAUCGUCUGUGAGCCGGGACAUUAUGCCACAGAGCCUGAGGACUUGAAAGAAAAAUUGGAAGACAAUAAUCACUUUAAGUACGAAAUACCAUUUGUUCCCUCUCCGGGGAUGACCUGUGAGGAAAUAGAACAGUUGAAAGGAACUGAAAAUAAGGAAAAUGAAGGUGGAAUGAUGGAAAGUCUGAACAAAUGUGAAAUGCUUCCUCCAGCCGAGCCUGAGGUACAGGAUCAUCUAACGCAGAGAAUAUGUUCACGAGCCCACGCUGCUGGCUUUGAUGGCGUGGAUACCAUGUAUGUUGACAAAGAUUAUUUUGAACUUCAGCCAAGACAAAGUGCACUUUUCUCAGAUACCUGUUCUUCACAGAUGUUCGCUCAUACAUUACUUUCAUCAACACCAGCUCGAAAAUCUAUUUUUCAUUUGGCAAAUAGCAACAGGACAAAAAGCAUUGGAAAUCCCCCCAUUCAUGCAAGAACUAGUGAAGAAAAAGAACUGAGAAAUAUGGCAGAAGAAAUUCAGCAAGAGGCAAAUUUUACAUCACAUCCAGUCAGUGAAAGCAAAGAGUUACUGAAUCCAUUAAAGGAUGUAGCAUAUAUUAAUAAAUCACAUGCUGUCAGUGAGGUACAAAAUAUCUGCCCUAUUACAGAGCAACGGCAUAACUCUCAGAGCAGAGAAUUAUGUCUAGGACAUUCCUAUAGAGACGUCAGAGAUGACAUAAAUCCAUUUGAUGAUGUCUUGAUCAGCCAGUUUUUACAGUACUCUGGCUUUGUGGAGAGAAAUAAGGGAGGCUGGAUAAAAGUUCUAUGCAAACCCACCCCUCGGAUAAGGCUUCCAUUUACACUUAAAAUCGAUAAUGAUAUUUAUCAAGUGAUAAAAGAGAUAGGAAAAGGUUCUUAUGCUCGAAUACUGUGUGCAACUGAUAAUUAUGGUGAAAGAGUAGCUCUGAAGGUUCAGAAGCCAUCCUGGCUUUGGGAAGCCUAUAUUGAAGACCAAAUUCAGCAUCGUAUAAAAGGCAAAAAUCUGGCUUUGUGUUUUGCCAAUCCAAGUAGGGUAUAUGAAUAUUCUGAUGGCAGCAUAAUGGUACAUGAAUAUCUUAAAUAUGGCAGCGUUCUGAACUUCAUAACAGAGGCAAGGAAGGGAAAUAGAGCCGUGAAUGAGAAUGUGGUAUUUUGUUUCAUGUGUAAAAUCAUAGAAGCAAUACGUAGUUUACACAGCUGUGAAAUAAUACACGGUGACUUGAAGCCUGACAAUAUCAUGGUCAGAUCUGUAUAUCCACCAAGUAUCCAGCUUAUUGAUUUUGGAAGAGCAAUUGAUAUGACCUUAUUUCCUCCUAAGACAACAUUUACAUAUGCUGUAACUACCAAAGAUUUUCAGUGCACCGAGAUGCAGGCAAAAAAGCCUUGGACAUAUCAAACCGAUAUUUUUGGACUCCUGUCAACAGCUCAUUGUUUCCUGUUUGGAGAGUAUAUGAAAGUAUCACAUAAGAGUGGAAAAUGGGUUAUACAAAAAUCAUUGCCAAGGUCAUGUCAUAAACAACUGUGGUCGCAGUUCUUCCACGACCUUCUGAACAUCGAGUCGUGUGACAAAUUACCAGACUUGGGCUAUUGGGAGGCAGCCAUGCAGCAAGAAAUUGAUGUGACAGUUCUAAAUGAUCAGCUCAAAGUUUUAAAGAAUGCGAUGGAUGGUUAUUAAUGUGACUUAUUUAACAUUCUGACACAUUAUCGUUAUGAACACUGCAUCUCUGAUGUGAAAACUUUUAUAUUUGUAAAUACAUUUUUAUAAUUUUAGAGCUA